UCCCGAGUGGUGCAACAGCAGUCCCACUUCCACUCUUCCGCCAGAUCCCUGUGCAGUAAAAUAUAAAAACUUCUUAUUAUCGCAGAAACCCUUUUAUUGUUCCAUAGCUGCCCGGCUUCGUAUACAGCUUCCUCAUCCCUCAGGCUCCCACCAGAUCUCCCAAUAAUUAUCUCAAUAUCAGUAAAAUGAGAUCGAUCUAAUCCAACAUCCAAAAUUGCACUUCCUUGGGACGGACGUCAUGGUUACGCUGGUUAAAUGUGUUCUCGCUGUUCCCUUUUCCCUUUCUAAGGACAAUAAUUUUGUAAAAAUUUUCGAAACCUUAGUUGAGCUUUUAUUUGGACAUUCCUGUUGAACCGAAUUCAGUAUUACAGUAGACUGGUUACGUAUAUCGAUGUUUUCCUGUUCCACUGCUGAUUGCAUGCGAAAUUUCAAUUCUCUCCCCUUUAAUGCUGCGUGUCGUACCAUGGCAGACCUAUAUGAUGUAGUACUUGGAGAAGGGAGGACACUAUCGAAUUUCAGACCACGAAGCUAGAAGAAGAUGGCAUUGACAAGGAGUAUGAUGCGAAGGGCGGCAGUGGCAUGGCAGAAGGGAGCAGGAAACAGAAUACCAACAACAACAAGGGCUGUUAAUACUGCAGUGAAUGACAACCGCCCAAUUCUAAUAUCUCCAUCUCUCGUUUCACUAGACCUCCCUGAGAUUUGGCCUACUAAUUCCACCACCCACGAUUUUCCAUUGACUUGUAAAUGCUCUGAUGAGCAGACUGCUGCAAUAAUUGAUGGAAAGUCCAUUGCAGAUGAAAUUAUGUUAAGAAUAUCUUGUGAGGUCAGGAGGAUGAAGGAAUCCAUUGGAAAGGUUCCUGGAUUGGCUGUCAUUUUAGUGGGCCAAAGAAGGGACUCACAAACUUAUGUCCGCAACAAGAUGAAAGCUUGUGAAGAAGCUGGAAUCAAGUCACUGAUAACUGAACUGCCUGACAAUUGCAAAGACGAUGAAGUUCUGAAUGCUUUGUCAAGAUUUAACAAGGAGCCAUCAGUUCACGGUAUUCUUGUGCAACUUCCUCUUCCACAACAUUUAAAUGUGGGGAGAAUUUUGGAUUUGCUGAGCUUAGAAAAAGAUGUGGAUGGCUUCCAUCCACUUAAUAUGGGAAAUCUCGCCAUGAGAGGACGGGAGCCUUUAUUCAUUCCCUGCACUCCAAAGGGUUGCAUUGAGUUAUUGAUUAGAUCUGGUCUGGAAAUCAUGGGGAAGAAAGCUGUGGUGAUUGGAAGAAGUAAUAUAGUUGGAUUGCCUACAUCCUUGCUAUUGCAGAGGCACCAUGCGACUGUCAGCAUCAUACAUGCAUUUACCAGGAACCCAGAACAGAUCACCUGUGAAGCUGACAUUGUGGUUGCAGCAGCAGGAGUGCCUAAUCUGGUCCGUGGCAAUUGGCUAAAGCCUGGUGCAGUUGUUAUAGAUGUGGGGACAAAUCCAAUUGAGGACCCUGGCUGUGAGCAUGGUUACCGCUUAACAGGAGAUGUUUGCUAUGAAGAAGCAGUGAGGGUAGCAUCAGCCAUUACCCCUGUGCCUGGAGGAGUUGGGCCGAUGACAAUUGCCAUGCUCCUGUCCAACACUCUUGACUCUGCCAAACUUGAUACACCACUAUCUUGUAGGCUCGGUAACCCUGAGAUGUAUGUGGACCUCGCCUAUCUUAAUCGAGAGACUUGGCGUUACAAUGUUCAGGGAUCCAAAAACACUGUUUUGUUACCGGUGCGACGUCUCUAGGGGUUUGUUCUAGCAAUAUAGGAUCAUUUUUCAACUUCAGCUAGUUUGGGACUUGGGAGUUCUAGAAAAUGGAAGAAUUUAUUUUCCCAUUGUGUAACCUAAAUCUCUUGUGGAGUUAAAUUGUGACUUGUGAGUUAAUAAUCCAGUUCAUAGCGGAAGGGAUUUGGUAUAAAGAGAGUUCUCUGAGACUGUUGACAAUCA